AACCGGAGUGAUAAACUAUUGUUGGGUCGUGGUUUUGUAUUUGACUGGAAUCAGGUCAACACAAACAAUUUGGGGGUUAGAAAGAUGGAGGGAUCACAGUCGAAGAAGCCUCGUCUCGGGGAAACCCAAUUCAUUAUUCCGGCCACCGAUCCAUUCCUCCGAUGUGCGAGUUUGAUUCUUCCAUGGCUAAACCCUCAAGAGCUCGCCGCCAUCUCUCUAACUUGCAAAACCUUAUCCAUGAUUUCAAAAUCACUCACUUCCGGGCGAUCCCUCGACGCUACACGGUCCCUCGAAAACCUCCCUGUCCCGUUUUGCAACGCCGUCGAUUCCAAACGUUACGCGUAUUUCAUCUACACACCGUUUCAGAUUCCCGCUUCCUCUCCUCCGCCGCGCCAGUCGUGGGGAUCCACCGUCGUUAGCCCUGCGAUUAGAGUUAAGUCAGUUCUUGACUCAGCGAGUGAACGCGGACGGUUUGGGGUGAGUCUAGUGGACGAGUCAGGAGAGAAAAGGUAUGGAUGCGAGUGCCAGAGAUGCGAGGAAGGAUCCUGCGCGUGCUUAUCACUCGCGGGCGUGGAGGAGAUAGCUAACGAAUGUGGGUCGGGUUGUGGGUGCGGGUUGGAUUGUCCGAACCGGGUGACCCAAAAGGGGAUUUCGGUUCGGCUGAAGAUCGUUAGAGAUGAGAAGAAAGGUUGGAGCUUGUACGCUGAUCAGCUCAUCAAGAAAGGCCAAUUCAUCUGCGAAUACGCUGGGGAGCUAUUGACAACGGAGGAAGCACGUAGACGUCAAAAUCUCUACGACAAACUCAGAUCAACACAAUCCUUCUCUUCAGCUCUUCUGGUCAUACGUGAGCACCUCCCUUCAGGAAAAGCCUGUUUAAGAAUAAACAUCGACGCCACGAGAAUCGGGAACGUUGCUAGAUUCAUAAACCAUUCUUGUGACGGCGGAAAUCUCUCCACAGUUCUGUUGAGAAGCUCAGGAGCUUUGCUUCCUCGGCUCUGUUUCUUUGCAGCAAGGGACAUACUUGCAGCCGAGGAGUUGAGUUUCAGCUAUGGAGAUGUCCGUCUCACUGCCGGGAAGAACAGGGACAACAAGUUAAAUUGCUGUUGUGGUAGUUCUUGCUGUUUUGGAACGUUGCCUUGUGAGAAUACCUGAUUUUUCUCAUCAUCGCCUUCUGGCUCUAUCUGUCCUAAUGUCUAAAUUCGAGUUUAUGUUACUAGCAAAAUACAAACCAGCCAAAGCAAUGAAAACGGAUACAUAAGCCGAAUU